AUGCUGUCGAAGAUCACGUUGUUGGCACUGCUCGGCACGGCGUAUGCUGUGCCAGGUGAGCAACCUGAGGGUUAUGGCAACGGAUACGGUGAUGAGGGACAGCCACAUGCUUACCAUGAGCCACCGAGCUAUGGACCUCCAUCAUAUAAGCCGGCCCCAUCGCACAAGCCAGCUCCAUCAUACAAGCCGGAGCCAUCGCGCAAGCCUGCGCCUUCAUACAAACCUGAGCCAUCGCACAAGCCCGCUCCUUCUUACAAGCCAAGCUACGCACCACACCCACCGGCCAGUCAUCCAACGGCAUCCUGGUCGUACGCACCACACCCAUCGUAUGCGCUUCCACCAUACGUGCCAAAGCCAAAACCAUCUGGAAGCUAUGCGCCCCCGCCAUAUGUGCCAAAGCCCAGCCAACCUGGAUCGUAUGCCUCGCAGCCGACUACCAAGACGGUCAACAAGUCUUACAAGACUACUGUCACGUCGGAGACUGUCAUCACCUUGACGAAGCCAAGCUCUCCAGCAUCGAUGCCACAGCAGUCGAAGCCAAGCUCUCCAGCGUCGAUGCCACAGCAAUCGAUGCCAAAGCAGAGCACUCCUGGGUCGCCACCGAUGCCCACCGCUCCAGCUGUUUGCCCGCCCGCAGCGCCUGCAGUCACCUACACCGAGACCAAGUACGAGACCAAGACCGAGACUGUCCACUACAGCCAGGUCUGCCCAGCAUGCUCGACCUCGACCAUCUACUACAGUGCUCAGACCCCAGUUUCGUACUGCCCAACUUACGGCUCGAUGGUACCACCCCCACAGAGCUCUGCUCCAGUCCCACCAGAGCCAACACAGCCUGGAACUCCUCCAGUCGCGCCUUUGCCACCCAAGGCUCCUUCGUCUAGCGCGCCACCAUCGCCACCGAAGGCCCCAUCCUCGUACACGACUCCAGGCUCGCCAGGCAAGCCCACUGUCCCAGUGCAGCAGCCAAGUGUCCCAGUGCAACAGCCAAGCAAGCCGAUGACACACCCUCAACCACCGGUUACUGUCUCCAAGCCAACUCCUAGUCAGCCAAUGACCUACCCACACCCUGCGCCUCCGGUCAGCAUGCCAACGACAUACCCAAAGCCUCCUGUGCACCAACAAUCGAAGCCUGCGACGUCAUACCCCUCGCAUCCAGCAUCGUACCCGUCGCACCCAGUUCAAUCAUACCCAUCGCAUCCUCCAAAGUCAUACCCUUCGCACCCUUCGCAACCCUCGCAACCACCCAAGUCAUACCCAACUCACCCCAAGAGCUACGGACCUCCGCCACAGAGCUACCCUACCCAGUCCAAGAGCUACGAGCACCCACCCAAGUCAUACCCAACUCACCCCAAGAGCUACGGACCACCACCACAGAGCUAUCCUACCCAGUCCAAGAGCUACGAGCACCCACCCAAGUCAUACCCAACUCACCCCAAGAGCUACGGACCACCACCACAGAGCUACCCUACUCAUUCCAAGAGCUACGGCCCACCUCCACCUGCCUACACUCAUCCAGUCUACUCGCAGCCGCCUCCAGAGUACCACACGCCAAAGCCCUACACCACCACCACAACAACAACAACCGAGAACAAGCCCUACCACCCUGCACCAAGCUACCCACCACACGCUCCAGCCUACUCAGCCCCACCCCCGACUUACGAGCAACCACCAUCGUACGAGCAGCCUAAGCCGUACGCUGCUCCACCGGCUCAGUAUAACUAA